AUGACCGAAAAGGAACACAAUGUCAAAACAGUAGUGUCUGACGCAGUCAGCCGUCGCGGUGUCGGUGUCGGUGGAUCGACGACUGAUGAGUCGUUGAGACAGCUCAGCGACCAGUAUGUCGAAUACCUGAAGUUGAUCAAAGACAACUGGUCAUCGUGCCACGCGUCAAAGAUACUCAAUUUAGAGCUGGUGCAAUACAUUGUGCCGCGGUUUCGGCAGCUUUCAGCUCCACUGCGAGUUCGAAUAUUGACUUCGUUCUUCUACCUCAAGGACACGCUGAGGGUAGAAGCGCAAGAAAACAUCAUGGAGGUGCUUGGCUAUACGGAAACAGAUGCCAACGAAUGGGUGCGCAAGAUGGGACAGCUACUGAAGCCAUUUAUACUCAACGGAAUGAUAGACCUUCGGCUGAUAGACACGGAGACAGCAUUCAGGAUAAUUACAUUUUUGGAUGAACACAGAGAUGCGACCUACUACGAAAAGGAAGGACUGGACUGUAUCCACAUGUGCAACGUCAAAGAUUUCGAGGGAUCGCUCGCAUCAAACGGAGCACGGAAUGACGAUGAAUAUACGCUGUAUUAUCCGCAGAUGAAUUUUGACAAACUAGGCGACGUAAUAUUUAAGCGUGCCGUGAAUCGCAAGAAUGCCUAUGCACAACGCAGGAGGCCAACAGCCACAGGAACCUAG